UAUAAGUGUUGUUUAUACAGAUGCCUAGUAGCACAGAAGUGACCACUAGACCGAAGUCGCCGAGUCGCACCGAAGCCAUCUCCAGAGCGCUUGUUAACCGCCCUAUUUAUGGCACCGGCGUACUAAUAGGCUAGUAUCACAAGAUCUUCAAAGCCCGCCCGCCUUCAAAUCCACGCCUUCAUACAAUAACCAUUUAAUUUCCCCAAAUGUCCGAAGAGGUUUUGCCUAUGGAGUCCCUCGAAUGCCCGAAUGGAAUAUGCGAAUUAACAGCAUAUGAGGAGAAAGAUCCUGCCUUGAUUGAAUGUGACAGCGAUACCAUUAGUCGAGACAAUUGGGUAGAAGAUCGAACGGAAUGUCCAAAAACUGGCACCUUUUACUUCCCUCCAAAAGAAAAAAUAGACUUCGAAAAAAUGAAACCAGAAUCAAGGCAGCCAGACUUUAGGCAAAAUAAAUUAAAUAGUACACAGAGUAACAUAGCAUCGGUAAUCCGCCAUGAUAGCCACGACAAGUGCGCGAAUUAUGCGACGACCAACGAUUUGGUGUACAACCAUCUGCCAAAACCCCUCUGUGGUCCGAUUCAGCGAUAUUAUAAACGAGCGGAACAUCAAUUCUAUCCCCAACCCGACCUGAUGAAAUGUUUUGGCAAUGUGACUGAAUGGGGUUUGAGGCAGCAGAUGGAAUAUGAGUGGAAGUGCACCGAUGUUUCCGACUACAUAUCCACCUUGUACGAAGACACGUUUGUACCUCCGCAGUUACAUCAGUACUUGCCGCAAGCAGAGAGGAAGGCACGAGAUUCGAGUUUCACAAAAAGUUUCCGUUAUUCGAUGACAAAAUCAAAACGAUGAUAACAUCAAGAAUCAUUUUCUCUUUUUGCAAAAAAUUAUUUAGUCUUUACAAUAUCACAUUUUGUUCGACAAUAGGACAGUGACGUCCAUAUA